GUGGUGGAGGCAUAAAUAAACGAAGCUCCUCCUCAUCCAAAUGGGAACACAUUGCAGCAAAUUCUCAACUGCAGAAUGGCGGCGGCGGUGAAAGUAUACGGCCCUCCCUUCUCCACCGCCGUGGCAAGGGUUAUGGUCACUCUCCUCGAGAAAGAUGUUCCCUUUCAGCUCCUUCCUGUUAACAUGGCCAAGGCUGAACACAAGAAGCCCGAUUACCUCAAAAUUCAGGUCUCUUUCCUCUUUGCUCAGCUAACACAAUAUUUGAUUUGUUGCAGCCAUUUGGACAAGUCCCAGCAUUUCAAGAUGAGGGCGUUACUCUCUUUGUACCUGAAUGAGACCCAUGUUGGGGAGCUCUUCAGGUCAAGGAAGAACGUCGAGAGUGUUGAGAAAACCGGGUAAUUUUCUCUCAAAUAGUGAAAUGAACCGAUUCAGUAAUUUUAUCGAGUAGACCCUGUUCAACAGAGAGGUGGUGGGGCGAGGUUUCAAGCCGAGAGUCGUGGAAGAAGGUUCUUGAGAUGCAGACUCCUCCGGCUCCAAAAAAGGCUUGAAAAGUUGCUUUUUUAUGAUGCUUUUGCUUACACCAAGUCUGAAUGAGGCAAGUCCUAACCUUCAUUUGAAUCUUAUUGUUAUUUGUCAAAUCUUUUUAUAUUAUGGAUACUUUCCACAUUUGAAUCUUAUUGUUGCAUUUGACACAAUAAAUUCAAAAGUUUGUAUCAGCUGAUCUAGAGCCUUUCCAUGAAGAUUGAAAAACAAUGGAAAGAAGACUAUCUAUUUCAGCUACGGACUUAAAAUUCUAUCACAAAAUGAAUGUCUUUAUUGUAAGAUAUUGGUUGAAGUAGAUCUCACUCAACAAGCAAUUAUGAAGAUCAA